CUGACUGUGGGCUGAUGAUGAUGACUGUUCACUGUUCAGGCUGUGAUAAACUCUAAACAUGGAGUGAAACUGUGCGGCUACAGGCUGCUGCUGCUGCUGCUGCUGUUUGAGAUUAUGGACUCAGCAGAUAAAGGAACUUCAGACCCAGGGGGGAAGGAGCCCAGGCCGAAUGGUCAGGAGCCGUCGGCAUCAGAAGCAGAGAUGGGAAGGCAGCUAAGUGAGCCAGGGAGAUUUGCCUAUGCUGGCUUGUGUGGAGUAUCACUUGCACAGCUGUUUCCAGGACCUGAACAAAGAAAGUUUCGGGAGCAGUUUCUGAAAGGCUUAGUGCAGUGGCUGGAUCUGGAUGAGUCUGUCAUGCCAGUGAUGGAGGCCUUUCUGUCUGGGCUCGGCCGUGAAGGGAACGACACGUUCCUCUCUAUCCUACAGGCAGAGCCGUUGCUCAGAGAAGGAUCCCUGCCCAUCACACAGGACCUGGUUUCAUUCUCUGUAAAAGAUGGUCAAUAUGAUGCCAGGGCUCGUGUCCUGAUCCGACAUGUGAGCUGCCUUCUGCGUGUGUGCCCUCAGCAGCUGGAGGACUUUGAGGAGACACUCGGAGAAAGAUUGAGAGAAGGAGGAGAGGAGAGCGAAGAAGAGUCAUCAAGAAGACGGAAGAAAGAGAGGGGGCGCAAAAUACGCCGUUACUUGCUGAUUGGACUUGCCACUGUUGGUGGGGGCACAGUAAUUGGUGUGACAGGAGGUCUGGCUGCACCUCUGGUAGCUGCUGGGGCAGGGGCAGUGUUGGGGGCAGGAGGGGCAGCUGCACUGGGAUCUGCCACUGGUAUUGCCAUUAUGGCCUCUCUCUUUGGCGCUGCUGGAGCAGGCUUAACUGGCUAUAAGAUGAACAAACACGUGGGUGCGAUUGAGGAGUUCGAGUUCCUUCCUCUGAACUCAGGGAAGCACCUUCAUCUUACUGUGGCUGUGACUGGAUGGCUCUGCAGCGGCAAAUACAGUUCCUUUCAGGCUCCGUGGAGAAGUCUUGGAUCCUGUGGAGAGCAGUACUGCCUGAAGUGGGAAUCGCGCUACCUCAGAGAUCUGGGGUGCAUUCUUGACUCCCUGUGGGAUGGAUUAGUCAGUGUUGUGGCCCAGGAGGCCCUUAAGUACACUGUGUUGUCAGGCAUUGUUACGGCCCUGACCUGGCCAGCCUCUCUGCUGGCUGUGGCAAGCGUGAUUGACAACCCGUGGGGAGUGUGCCUGAGCCGCUCGGCAGAGGUGGGAAAGCACCUGGCCCAAGUGCUCCGGAGCCGGCAACAGGGAAAGCGACCUGUCAGUCUGAUUGGCUUUAGCCUUGGAGCUCGAGUCAUCUAUUUCUGCCUAGAGGAGCUCGCCAAUGACCAAGGCAGCGAAGGUGUUGUGGAAGACGUCGUUCUGCUGGGAGCCCCUGUGGAUGGAUCUGAGAAAACGUGGGAUCGGCUCUCGAGAGUCGUUGCGGGAAAGAUUGUUAAUGGAUAUUGCAGGGGCGAUUGGCUUCUUGGAUUUUUGUAUAGAAGUUCUAGUGUUCAGCUCUCUGUAGCAGGGCUCCAGCCAAUCAACUCCAGUGCUCGUCGCAUUGUUAACGUGGAUCUGUCAUCUGUGGUUAACGGUCAUUUAGACUACAUGCGUCAGAUGGACACCAUCCUUGUAGCAGUUGGUGUUCCUACCAAGGAAGGAGCUGGAGUUAUGGCUGUCCAGCCUCAGAUAGUGACUGCAACUCAGGAGAAACUGGAAGUCACCGAGGUCCAGUCAGCCAAAGAGAAUGGACAACAGGAGGAAAAACCUGUAUCAACCUCAAAAACUGAAGGAGAAGAAAUCUCUACUGAGAAAGAGCCAGACGAUGGCUGGGAUAUUCCAGACAUCUCAGACUUGCUGGACUCUCUCAGUGACGCUGACACUGCUCAAAAGGACUGCAGUGUUUGUUGUGCAACUGAAGUCAGCAAAGGCACAGACUGUCAGGGCAGAGGUGAGGAAGCGGGUGAAAGUGACCCAGACCCUGAACACAUGUCCUGGGACUGGGACACCACACACUGGACUGCUGAACACACAGGCACACACCAACCGAAACGAGCUGAAAGAAUCACAAAGGACCAGCUAGCCAAUGGCAAACUGUCUUUUUCUCAGCCAGCCGCAACACCACCCACACACUCUCUUCAUACCCCGCUCUCAGAACACUCAGCGACAACAAUUGUGGACUCAAAUGGUGAUGUAGGCUAACUCAGCUCUUCUCAAGACAUUGUUCUGGGGUGCCCCUGCAGUGCACUGUUCAGUGGCUUGUCUGCUGUAAACUACUUAUGUAGCUUUCCACAGGAUAAAUCAGGUCAGUACGGUGUGUAACUGGAUCACUAGUUUAACUAGAGGAGCUGCAGUAGUGAGUAUUGUAAUUUAUAUCUUAUAUUUAUACAACUCUGGAAAAAAAUAAGAGACAACUUCAGUUUCUGAAUCAGUUUAUCUGAUUUUGCUAUUUAUAGUUAUGUGUUUGAGUAAAAUGAAACAUUGUUGUUUUAUUCUAUAAACUGUGGACAAAAUUAAAAUAAAUGUAUUGUCAUUUAGAGAGUUUAUUUGCAGAAAAUGAGAAAUGGCUGAAAUAACAUCAAAGAUGCAGAGCUUUCAGACCUUAAAUAAUGCAAAAAAAAUCAAUUUCAUAUUCAUAAGGUUUUAAGAGUUAAAAAAAUCAAUGUUUGGUGGAAUAACCCUGGUUUUUAAUCACAGUUUUCAUGCAUCUUGCCAUGUUCUCCUCCACCAGUCUUACACACUGCUUUUGGAUAACUUUAUGCCACUCCUGGUGCAAAUAAUUAAGCAGUUCAGCUUGGUUUGAUGGCUUGUGAUCAUCCAUCUUCCUCUUGAUUAUAUUCCAGAGAUUUUCAGUUUGGUAAAAUCAGUGAAACUCACAAUUUUUAUGUGGUCUCUUAUUUUUUUCCAGAGCUGUAUAUCUUAUUUUUUCUCAGAUUUGCACAGUAGAAAUCUUUGUAGGAUUUUUCAAAUUACUUUACCUUACAAUGUCAUAAACCGAAUGCUGACGUCAGUAUUAAGAUAAAAAAAAAAAAGUUAAUGCUAAUGAAAAUAGUAUUAGGCCAAAUCAUUGGCCUCAUUUAACUGACAACAUGAAUCAUAUAGCCUUGAUAGGUACAACCCCAAAACAGAAAAUGUUGCCACAGUAUGGAAAAAAAAAGCUUUGACUUUUAUUUAAUUGCAGACAGUAUGAACUAGUGAUGUCAAUGCUAACAUGUUAAUGAGUGUAAUUAAUAUGGAGAAUUUAAUGCAAACAGUUUUUUAUAUAUAUAUUUAAAUUAAUUACUGCGUUUUCUGAGCCUGUUGACAUAUCAGCAGUUUUAUGAAGUGAUUUAAAAACACAGCAAGUUUGUACUACAAAAUUACAUUUUAAUUAGCCUUGAAAUGUAUUCAUUGGAUUUAAUCUCAUACCUAACACUACCACCAUGUGUGCACAUACGCACAGCUGCCUUUCCUAAAGCAUUACAAUAAAAGAUUCUAAUUAAAAAUAUCAAAACUUCCCUGUGGUAAUAUAGUACAGUAUAUUAUUUCUGUCUCCCUCACAAAAAUACAGGGAAAUAUCAGAAUUUUAAUUUAUAAUUUUAAUCAUGACAAUAAUAUUAGUUAUAUAAGUUAUUGUUACCACUUAUAUCGCUAAAUAUAAUUCUAUCUUCAUUCAUUCUUUUUUUUUUUAAAUAUCCAAGUGUAAUUGAUCAUAAUUAAUCACAGAAUAUCGCCGUGAUUAAUCUGCUUAGUUUUUUUCAUUAAUUGUAGUUCACUUUAUUCAUUAAUUGUACUUUAGUGUCAUGUUAUGUUUGAUAAACUUAAUUUUAUUUGCACAUCCUCCAUUCCUACAUUUCAGGCCUGCAACACAUAAAAAAUGUCAGGACGGAAUAAUUUAGGGCAGGUGUUGAGAUGUAAAGUAUUGUAAUCAUGAUUUGGUACAAAGCAGCAUUCGCAAAAGGUUGAGUCUUUGAGGAGCAAAGAGGGGCAGAGAAUCUCUAGCAUGUCAAAAAAAUGUACAAGAUUGUGUAAAAACGCAUCUAGGAUGGACCAUCAUUGUGUAUACGUAUUUCAGAGUAUGCUGUGUCCUCUGGACCAAAGACUGGAUCCAGAAGGUUCUCAGCAAGUCUAAAAGCCAGGGUAUGUUAUGAUGUGUGGGGGGUUUGUCAGUACACUACUGUAAUGGCAGCAUUCAUGCGGAAAAGUAAACCAAGAUCUUAGAGCAACAUAUGCUGGCUUCAAGACUUCCUCUUUUCUGGAUCUAUUGCAUUUUUCAAUCAGACAAUACAAGACCUUAUGCUGCACACAUUACAAGGUGGGGCUGUGGAACAGAGCUGGUAGAAAGAACGAGACAAAAGAACACCUGAAACACUUAAACCACUUUGUAUCUUUGGUGUAAAAUCAUAUUCAACAUUAAUAAUGUCUCAUCAUUACAAAGUGGAUUGAGAAGUAAAUGCUUCUAUGGAAUGUGUUGCAGGCCUGACAUGCAGGAAUUAAUGUAUAUUAACAAAUUAAUGCAGUUAACCAGACAAAAAGAGAAAUAUCCUUGGUUUUUACUGUCUGCAAUGAACCACAAUUCAAUGAGAACUGACUCUAUUUUAGCAGUUAGCCUUGUACCAUUGAUUACAUUCAGGUUUUUAAUUGCUUUAAUUUCAGGUCAAAUGAAAAAGGACUGUUAUUAUUAAUAGAGCUGUAGACUGGAGAGAUAAUUACAUAAUUUGCUCUAAAAUUAUUAAUUUGCACACUUGCUUAGUACUCAAUUAAAAUGAUGGAUGUCAUUGUUAAUCACUCAAGCUGCAACACCAAGUAAAGUAUCUGAACUUAUUUUGAUAUGAAUCUUGUGAGGAUCUAGAUUUAAAUUAAGAAACACAUGACGUAAAUAUGAUCAUAAUAAGAUUAUUGGGAGAAUAGUUUGACUUCACUUUUUGUUCUUGUUUAAACAAGUAAAAUCUCUGUGGGUAAACGAUAUGUGCAAAUGUUUGUGGACACCUCUUUCAAUAAAUGAAUGCCAAUACUUUUGUCUAUAUAGGAAAUAUUGGAUUCCUUCCAAAAUGUAUUCAUUUUUCAGUAAGAUUAUGUAAUUUUAUGUACAUUGCUGUGACAAAAUUCAUGAGACAGGAGCUAGUAUUGUGUCCUAUGAGAGCUAAAGAAACCUGCACAUGUGAGGCCCUCUGCGUGAAUGUGAUUUGUGCCAGAAUCGUUGUCUUUUUUUUCACACAGACAGUUCUAGCCAGAUGCCGUCGGUCUCAAUCAUUACGACCUACUGCAUUAGGACACUGGAUUGAUGGAUGUUGAAUGUCCCAUCUCUCUCGCAACCACUAUCAGGCCUCGAACUAUUCGAACUAAUGAAUAACUCAUGACUCAUUGCCAUGCCUAAUGUUCAGCAUUACUCACAAGAUAACACCUCAUACUGUAGCUUAUACAGGUGUGGGCAUACCCAAGCUGUCCCUCAAAGUAAUAUUUAAUGAUUACUUUUUACAUACUCUUAAUCCAUGAUGUUUGGCAUGUCAGUGUACUUUUAUGGGCUAGCUUAUUGAGCAGGGAUUAAGCUGAAGCUCAGUUUUCUUUCGAUUGAAAUUAUUAUAAUAAUAAUGAUUAUAUAAUAAUUUCCUGCCUGUAAAACAAGUCGUAUAAAAGGCUGAAAAAUCUUGCCAUAUUUUUACACCUUACAGUCUCAUAAUUAAACACGUCAAAUAAAUGAUAUGCAUUUAUUGUGCUUUCACUUACAAAGAGAUCACAUUUUUGCAAAAUAUUGGAAUAAAAGUUACUGGAAUUUUC